UUCUUUGUGUCUUCUAUUUGCUACCUUUUCUACUGAACAACUUCUAGCGUUCUGAAGGCAUGGAAUCAAUAAGGUUAAGAUCCAGAACUGGUUUUACCUGUGCUGCAUGUUCUAGAAGUUACGUGGGCAGCUUCUGCGAUAAAGGGAACAGCACAGCGUAGGGGUUUUGUUUUAUUUAUUGGAGCCGGAGUGCUAAUUUAGGGGACACCAUAUACUGGAAACCAAAAUGUGCAGUGCACUCACUGCAGGGUUUCGGUACUUUGGUAAAGAUAAAUAUGCAUCCAUAAAACGAUCGUGUCUAAACUAGGCAUUGGGCAAUUCUCUUGCCCCCUUUUACCUGACUCUCCUAUUUAAGCUACUUUCUAACUCCAGGAAAACCAAUAAGCAAUUCCAACUUUGGCCUAACUCCCUGCAGAAGAAGAAGAUGAGUGAGGCCGUCCGUGGUGGAGAGACUUUUCUUCAAGCUUGCAUGAGUCACGGACGUCCUGAUGUCUAUCUGCCUCCGUAGGAUUUAGCCCACACAAUUCGCAUUCACCUUUUUGGCAGCAAGACAGCUGCUUCAGUAGACAAUGGGCGCUCCAGUGCGCGGGGGCUAAACACCUGAAGCUCCGGUUCAUGACGAAGCCCCCUUUUCCAGCUGAGCAAGCUCAGGGAUUCCCUGAGAUUUCCAGGUGCUGCCGCAACCCCCAAAAUUUUAGAGGUGUCUCUGUGGGGAGAGAAGGGGACUAAUCCAGCCCCAACUUGAGGAUGCCAGAGGGAGCAACGAGGGGUCAGGGCGCCACGGAGCGGGGGUCUUCACUGGAAGAGGGAGAAAGUUCCAACGCUAACUCUGGAAGCCCGGCCGUGGAGACGCCAGGCGAGGAGGGGAUGACCUCAGCCGUCUCUGCCACGUUCCAGCCAAUCAGUCCCGCAUCUUGGCAUCCGAAUCCAGGACCCCCGAAGCCGGAGGCGACGCGAGCCAAUGAGGAGAGGACCAGGGAAGAAGGACAGGAGGCCAGCCUAUGGAGGCGGAGAGGCCCGGCUACGCGUAUCCAAGGAGCACCCGGCUCCGGCUCGGGGGUGUGGCGCGGCGCCGGCGGGGGUGGGCGGGCGCGCUGGGCGGCAGGUGUCGGCGGCAUCGGCAUUCGGCGGCGAUGGAGCGGCCCCGGGGAGCUGCGGACGGCCUCUCGCGCUGGCCCCACGGCCUCGGCCUUCUCUUCCUCCUCCAGCUGCUGCCGCCGGCGACCCUCGGCCAGGACCGGCUGGACGCACCGCCACCGCCAGCUGCGCCGCUGUCGCGCUGGUCCGGCCCCGUCGGGGUGAGC